CACACAGCGGCGCCGCGCUCCGCUCCCUCUCCGCCCGUCCGAACGACCGUGUGCCGCGGCGACGUUUCCCCACGAAACCCCGGUCCUCCGUCCUCCUUCAGCGACGUCUCCCCGCAGAUAACAACUGCUCUCGUCUCGCCAUGACUCGGAGGUGAUCUUCAGCGUGAACCAGGUGGCUCUGGGGUUCCAGGUUGGUGUGGUGAGAGAGCAAGCUAACUACGGGGUGGCGGUCCGCCUGGGGCAUCCUGUCCCUGGUUCUCAAGUGACUAAGGAAGGGGCUUGGCACACUGUUCUGCAGCAUGGAGAAGGAAGACCUGAAGGUCCUCAACAAGGGCGAGGAGGAGGAGAUGGAGCUGCAGGGCUACCGUCUCUGUCGCUGGCGGCUGGUCCUCGUGGGCCUCGGGGUGCUGUGUACAGGGGGCUUCCUCCUCCUGCUGCUCUACUGGAUGCCAGAGUGGUGCGUCAAAUCCACCUGCACCCGUACCACAGCACGUGAUGCUGAAGUGGUGUUGCUGCGCUCUGUGGAUGAGUUUCGGCGCUGGUUCCUGGCCAGGGUGCGAGUGAUGCUUGCCCCGGGGAGUGACCCCUUCCACAGCCUGGAGACCCAGACCACCUCCCCCUGCUCCCCUUCUUCUCCCUCCUGCCCCUUCUCCUCCACAGCCUCCCCCUCUCUAGCCAAUGGACACACCACUCACCCCUCCGAUGGCAGCCCUGCUCAGGAGCUCAUCAGAAGAUAUGCAGACUACCAGCCCACACAAAUUCGCUAUUUUACCUUCCAUAGCACAAAGUAUUACUGGAAUGACGAGGUGCAGAACUUUCAAGAUUUAAGUGGCCUGGAGGACUUACAGAUCAGCUGCUCCACUCUCCACUCGGAGCACAGUGAAGGCCUGACCAGGAACCAGCAGGAGUACAGGAAACUGUUCUUCGGAGUGAAUGAAAUUUCAGUGAAAGUGCCUUCUGUUUUCAAGCUGCUUAUCAAAGAGGUCCUAAACCCUUUCUACAUCUUCCAGCUCUUCAGUGUGAUCCUGUGGAGUGCCGAUGAGUAUUACUACUACGCUGUUGCCAUUGUGUUCAUGUCGGUUAUAUCCACAGCUACCUCUGUGUACACCAUCAAAAAGCAAUACGUCAUGCUUCACGAUAUGGUGGCAGCUCACAGUGUUGUCCGUGUGUCUGUAUGCCGAGCCAACAAUGAUAUCGAAGAGAUUCUGUCUACUGAUCUGGUGCCUGGUGAUGUGAUGGUCAUUCCCAGCAAUGGGACCAUCAUGCCAUGUGAUGCCGUGUUGAUCAGCGGCACCUGCAUCGUCAAUGAAAGCAUGCUCACAGGUGAGAGUGUUCCUGUGACAAAGACCAACCUCCCAAACCCAGGGCCAGAAGAGACGGGGGAGGCUGACAGUGCCUACAACACAGAGGACUAUAAGAGACAUACACUCUUCUGUGGCACCCAUGUUAUCCAGACCCGCUUCUACACUGGUGAAAUGGUCAAGGCUGUGGUGGUCUGCACAGGUUUCAGCACAGCCAAAGGUCAGCUGGUGCGCUCCAUCCUGUAUCCCAAACCCACCGACUUCAAGCUGUACCGUGAUGCCUACCUCUUCCUGUUGUGUCUGGUGGCUGUAGCUGGAAUCGGCUUUGUUUACUCUAUUGUCCUCAGCAUCAUAAACAAGGUGCCAGCUAAGACCAUCAUCAUUGAGUCCCUAGACAUCAUCACCAUCACUGUGCCACCAGCGCUGCCAGCUGCCAUGACAGCCGGAAUUGUGUACGCCCAGCGGCGCCUCAAACGCAUUGGCAUUUUCUGCAUCAGCCCACAGAGGAUCAACAUCUGUGGCCAAAUCAAUCUGGUCUGCUUUGACAAGACUGGAACUCUAACGGAAGAUGGAUUAGACCUGUGGGGUGUCCAGAGAGUUGAGAAUGGCAGUUUCCACCUGUCAGAGGAAAAUGCCUACAAGGAGAAUCUUGUCAAGUCCCAGUUUGUGGCUUGCAUGGCCACCUGCCACUCCCUCACGAAAAUAGAGGGCCAGCUGUCCGGGGACCCCCUGGACCUCAAGAUGUUUGAGGCUACAGGCUGGAUCCUGGAGGAGGCCACCGAGGAGGAGACAUCGCUCCACAACCGUAUCAUGCCCACUGUGGUUCGACCCCCGAAGCAGCUGUUGCCUCAAGAGCCUGCAGUGUCACAGGAACAAGACAUGGAACUCUAUGAGCUCUCGUCUGUGUAUGAGAUAGGUAUUGUGCGCCAGUUUCCUUUUUCAUCAGCUCUCCAGAGAAUGACUGUGGUAGCUCGUCUGCUGGGGGAGAAACGUAUGGACGCCUACACAAAGGGGGCGCCCGAGGUGGUGGCUGGUCUCUGCAAGAGGGACACAGUGCCAGAUAAUUUUGCAGAGAUUUUGGAGGGCUAUACAAUGCAGGGUUUCAGGGUCAUUGCUCUGGCACACCGGCGAUUAGAAUCAAAACUUACCUGGCACAAAGUUCAGAACGUCAACAGGGAUCACAUAGAGAUGAACAUGGAUUUCCUGGGUCUGAUCAUCAUGCAGAACAAGCUGAAGGCAGAAACUCCAGGUGUCCUGCAGGACCUCCGCCAAGCCCACAUCCGCACAGUCAUGGUUACUGGUGACAAUAUGCUGACAGCAAUUUCAGUGGCUCGUGAUUGUGGAAUGAUCCCACCCCUGGACACAGUCAUCAUUGCUGAUGCCCAUCAUCCCCAUGACGGACAGACCGCCAAGAUCACCUGGAGAUACGCUGACAAGCCAAGCAAGACGUCCCGCCUGGAGGAAGUGAACAUGAGAUUAGAGGACGUGUGUCAUGAAGACGAACCUAAAGCACAAGAGCUGUACCACUUUGCAAUGAAUGGAAAAUCAUUUGCUGUAAUCUCUGAGCAUUUCCCUGACAUGCUUCAAAAGCUGGUGCUUCACGGGACAGUGUUUGCCAGAAUGGCCCCAGACCAGAAAACCCAGCUUAUUGAGGCGUUGCAGGGUGUAGACUACUUUGUUGGGAUGUGUGGAGAUGGAGCUAAUGAUUGUGGGGCUCUGAAGAGGGCUCAUGGUGGCAUCUCUCUCUCAGAGCUUGAGGCCUCUGUAGCUUCUCCCUUCACCUCCAGGACCCCCAACAUCUCCUGUGUCCCCAGCCUCAUCAGGGAGGGCCGCGCCGCUCUCAUCACCUCCUUCUGUGUGUUCAAGUUCAUGGCCCUCUACAGCAUCAUCCAGUACAUCAGUGUCACCCUCCUCUAUUCUAUCCUCAGUAACCUGGGAGACUUCCAGUUCCUCUUCAUCGAUAUCGCCAUUAUCCUCCUUAUUGUCUUUACCAUGAGUCUGAAUCCAGCGUGGAAAGAGCUUGUGCCGCAACGGCCGCCAUCGGGUCUGAUCUCAGGGUCUCUGUUGUUCUCUGUGCUGACACAAAUCCUCAUCUGCUUGGGCUUCCAGACCGUAACAUUCCUGUGGGUCCAGAAGCAGCCGUGGUACACAAUCUGGACACCACUCACAGAUGUCUGCAACAUGUCAUCACACAUCAACAUGUCUGACGUCAACAACACAGAAGUGGACGACCACAACAUUCAAAACUUUGAGAACACCAGCCUCUUCUAUGUGUCCUCCUUCCAGUAUCUCAUUGUUGCCGUCGUUUUCUCUAAGGGCAAACCGUUCAGGCAGCCCAGCUACAAGAAUUGGCCUUUUGUGGUGUCCACCCUGAUUUUGUAUAUUUUCCUACUGUUAAUGAUGUUCAACCCUGUGAAAACUAUUGACGAGUUUCUAGAGAUUGUUUGUGUCCCGUUUGACUGGAGAGUAAAACUCUCCCUCAUUAUCGUAGUCAAUGCUGCUGUGUCUGUGGUGGUGGAGACCUUCAUCCUUGACAUCAUCUUAUGGAAGCUUGUGUUCAGCCGAGACAAACAUGGCAGCUUUGGCGUCACUCCUGCCGCCCCUACACCACAGAGGGGCAUUGACCUGCAGGCGUUCAAGUGUCUGUCCUGGCUGAGCUGCUCACGCAAGAUGCCCAAGGCCCGCUACAUGCAUCUGGCCCAGGAGCUGAGUGUGGACCCUGACUGGCCUCCAAAGCCAACCACCACCACAGAAGCCAAACCCCGCCCCGAAAACGGCUCCACCUAUCAAAUCAUGAUCAACUCCUAGCACCCCCCCACAGCGCCUCCAGCUAUCCUAUCUCACCUUUCAUACUGUAGACAUUUUUAAAGGUGUGCUUAGUGAAAGCACAUUCAAUAGGAUGAUUGCUCGUCAUCACCGUUCAGAGACUUGCCUCCAACACUGUAGUUCCAGAGACAUUACUGCAAAGACCACAGGAUUACACAGACAGUGGGGUCCAUACGUGUCGAACGCGCCCUCAGACUCUCAGGUCUCUCUUGCUUUAAAUGUUCUUAAAACAUCUGCACGUCAAAGUUGAUUCCCUUCCUUUAUUGAGAUGUCUGUUCACCAAAGCUGAGCAGCUACUCCAGUCCAAAAUCGCAAGUCAACCGAAAUAAAUGUCUCUCGUCUUUGUGUGGAAGCGAUGUAAGAUAGAGCUGAAGACCCACUCCACUUCUGAUAUAGCUUCUGACAAAUUUGAACUAGUAAAUCAUUUCUACACUACCACUGUUUAUAAUAACUAGGCGUUCAGAUUUAAUUUACAACCACUGUAUUACAAAACCCAUUUAGACUUCAGAUUAAAAUAGUUGAUAUCAUGUCUGAGCUUUUCAGACGGAUUAUUAUGUUUUUUAAAUAGAAACUUGAGAAGUAUAGGCCAAGUUGAAGGGUUGUACUCUAGUCCUCAAGUUCAACCCCCUCUGACUGAAUUUGCAACUAAGAGAAUUGGCUUAUAUAAGAGAAGACUGGCAGAGUUUGAGGACAGAGGACAGAAGUUCCAGUUUGAGAUGGAGAGAUUCUGCUGUUGGAAGCCUGGAGUUGAAUGUGGACAGUGUAGUCGAUUACUCUGCACUGACCACCUCAGUGUGACGUGAUCAUACAGUUUUUAAAAGAAACAGCAAAAUGUCCAAAGUUUUUGUUUUUCUGACUCUGAUUGCUACCAUGUAGUGUUCUUAUACAUUUAAUGUUCAUAUAGACAAAUUUGAAUGAGUUGGCAUAAACACCCGACAAUAACUCAUUAUGUGAUAACCAAACUAUUUUCAAUUUCUCCCUGUGGUGAAUGAACCACAAGUCAAAGCACGGGGAGUUGAAGAAGCUUGAGAAUGAUGAACGGCUGUGGUCUCGUAACGUUGCACACCCCAACCCGAAGUUCAUGCUCGCAUUUAAUAAUAAACACAAAUAUACAACUAUCAAAGUGGCUGAUCGUACAGUUCUGGAAGAGUAAGAGGAUGAAGUUAGGGAAAGUCUAGAUUUAGUGUGAUUUAGAAACUGCACAAUAUGUCUGAAAAUAUUACAAUGUACUCAUAGUGGACAUUUAAAGUAUUUGUAGACCAGCUGUCAUCAGCCACAUUGUAAUAUGACCUAUAUAAAUCAUACUUUUUACCUGUGAUCACCUUUUUAAAUUUGUGAAAAUGCAGAAAAGCUCUUGUAGGAUUAUAGAAAAUGGACUUUAAAUUGGUCACACAUUAUAAAUCACAGGUUGCACACUGAAAGUACAAAACCAUGAAAGUGAAGGACAUUCGGGCUUCUCCAAAUUGACCUAAGAAGAACAGUGAGGCAGAAAGACACACAAACAGAUGUGCUCAUCCACUCUCAACCACAGGCUGGGACCUGAGACAGGCUCUCCAUCAUUUUUGUCAGAGAUUACCUUUAAGAUUUUUAACAAAGGUAUUAUUAUGUCAAAAUUUUUAAAAUAAUAAUAAAAAAAAGACUGCUUUUUAACCGUGCUAGCAUUGUGAAUCAACUGAUCGGUUGGUCCAGACGUAAAUAUCUCAUCAACUGUCAUGAACUCCAACACGGAUGUUCUUCUCUGUAGCUCCUCAUUUAUCAUGUCAUGUCACCAAAAUGACACAAGAACAGAACAGGUUGCCUCUUAAGCUAAUGAUUAAAUUAUUAAUCAACAUUAGCUGAACUCUGAUAUUCCAACACAGCGUGCUAACAUACCCAGUGUUUUACAUCCAUCAAAAUCGGUUAUCAAGUGUGUCAUGAACUUUGCACCCUUACAGGCUGCUAGUGUGGCUAUAAACCGUUAAGCCAAUGUGUUUGCGUCGGUGAGCCAUGUCCUGUCAGCAACUCAUAACGUCAGACAUGGAACGUAAAGGACAUCAACACUCAUGAAGCCACCUCCCUACCUGUCAUGUUCUGAGGACUUGAAAGACUAAACGGUUGCAAUAUUAGAACUGUUAUUAAAAAUAUACAGCAUUACUGUAGAAGACACAUUAACAUGACUGUACUUUAAAAAGAAUAUCCACGAGAGAGGCAGCAGAAAUAUGUCUGGCUAUCGUGGACAGCUGAUAACAUACAUGAGACCAUAUGAAUCAAAGCAUCCAAAAUCUGCAAACUCCAGAUUGGCUAAAAGUAAGCCAGUAGUUUAUUUUUCAUCACAAUUUCUUCCUAUGGAAGAAGACUGAUUAAAAGUGUGAUGGAGAAUUAAGGUAAAGAAUCAUGGAUCUUAUCCUCUCGCUGCUCUCGAUGCAAUCAAACGAUCCGCGCAACAGCACACCCUGCAUAGGACAGAUGCAGAUUAACAUGCACAGUUGUAUUCAUUUAUUACACAUGCUACCUGCAUAGAGAGUUAAGGGCUAUAUUUAUGUUCACUGCUAUUUCUUGCUGCUCCCCAAUAUCUGUUCUAAAAGUAUUAUGUACGGACACAGUCUGGAGACUUUGAAGGUGGCUGGAGAAGUUUGUAGUUUCAUCCUGUGGAAAAUCUAAGAAGCAGUUUACACUUUAUGGGUGGAAUUGAGUUUUUUGUUGUUGAAGUUUAGUACUUUAAAAAAAAUGCAAAUAAAUACUUUUUUUCAGGCAUAUAACAUCAUAUGAGAAAUUCCUCAUUAAUCAUGAUGAACAGUCACCUAAGGGGAAAACUACAGACUUCUUAAAGUCACCAGAGAUGAUGUUUAAAAGUCAAAAUGCUAAUUUAUGACGGAGGAUCACAUGAAAAUAGCUGGUUCCUGUUGUCAGUAUAACUAAUUGCAGCCUGUCUUUCAUGAAUUAUAUGUUUUAUAUUAUUUUCAGAGUGCGACUCAGGUGCUAUAAGACACCUCGUCUAAGACAACUAACAAAUGUCAAGGGGAUACAAUAUGACUGCUCCUCAGUGACAUGAAGCAAAUUACAUUUCAAAAGUUUGUUGAAUGUGCUGUGUUGUAUGAUAUUUAUAUGGCACAAAAACAUCAUCUUUAGCUUAUUGAUCAUCACUGAGUUUAUUCAAUAGUUGCAAAAGGUUUCUCCAUAUUAAGUGAUAACAAGAGUCUGAAGCUGCUCAUUCGCUGAAAGCCAUCGUCUAUUGAGAUGCAUGUAAUAAUAUUCCAAAUGUAUGUGAAAUAUUUGAUCCAUAACAUUUUUGUGACAAGCUCAAAUGUGACAUGUGACCAUAGUUUCCAUGGAUAUAUAGUUUAUUUAAUGAGGAAAGUAUUUUGUUAUACUAUUUUGUGGACAAAUUGUCAAUGUGAGAGGGGUGUAUAGUUGAUAAAACUGGUAAGAUGAAUAGUUUGGCUGAAAUGGACAUUGUGGUGCCAAUUAACAAAAAUCCGAUAUUUUGUUUAAAAAAGAUAUUUGUUUAUUUUGUUAAAUUGAGACAAACUUGCUGAUGUGCUCAAACAAGGGCCACAUUGGCUCCUAUGCUUCUGAAUAUUCAGUGGUGUUUGUCUUUUUAUCGUUGAUUUCAGGGUUUGAUAUUUUUUCUCCAUAGAUUCCUACUGAGGCUAAAAUUGAAUGUUUUGUAAAGAACAAAAUUGAAUGCAAUGCAAUACUACAGUUGUUGAUUCUAUUCCCAAAGACUUCAUCACAUCUGUAUCGGUUAUUUCAAAAAAAAAAAAAAAAAAGAGUUCAAAACAAAGUUUUAUUUAGCUUGUUCAGUUCUGUCAAAUCUGAUUUUGCUGGGCACAAAUGGACUUUAAACAGUGAUAAUAAUAUUCGAAGUUGGAUUCAGUCUGUAUAUAUGAGAUACAUUUCUAGUGUGUGCAUAAAAUUCAAAGAAGAUAUAGAUAUAAAAGUGUAUGUUUUUGGAUUAUCAAAGGGCUGGUGUUUCUUUUUCUGCUAUUUUGGUACUAUGUGUUACAAUCACUUGUUUGUCAACUUUCGAUUUGUACUGUCUGUUGGAUUUGUUCAAACUUUCACUUUUGUCGUGGACUUGCAUUCGGCUGGAUCUUCCUUAUUUGGGCAUAAUCCUGGGCAUUUAUUUCACUAUCUGAACCAGUUAUUGAGAAGUAUGAUCGGUGUUUGUUCUGUCCUGGGUAAAUCAUACUGCAGCCAAUGUUGACUUUAAACUUUUGAAUUAAGAUGAACUUUUUGAUUCGGAAAUUGUCUUUUCAAGUUCUUGUAGUAGAUCUACUUCUCAGCUUAUCUUUUUUUUUUUCUUCUCUUUUAUACAGCUGUUUUUUAUAAAACCAAGGAUCUGACACAAGAAGGGAAUAAUUCAUUUGAUGUCGUAUAUAAUCACCUCAUUUCAGCAAAUUUAAACAUCUGACAAUCAUGUUACUUUUCUGUCCAAUCAUCCAAUGUAUGUAUUUGACUUUUUUUUUUAUCUGGAACUUUAAAAAACAAUAGUUUGCAUCUGUGUAAAUUUAAUAUGAAAUUGGCAAAAAAGAAUGUGCAUUGCUGCUUAAUAUCAGCAGUCUAUUGUAGAAGGGGUUAUAUUGCUGCUAGGGGGCAAAGUUAUUCGGUAUCAGGUGUUUCAUGACUGUGCACCUUGAAACAUAAUUCAUCAAUUUAAUUAUGGCAAAGUGUGAAUACUAUUGCUUUUCCUCUACGCUACAGUUCUGCCUUAUAUUCUGACACAACUUUGCCUCAAUGAGCUUAUACAGGUACAACAUAUACCAACAGUCAGCAUUGGCCUCUCUCACAUGAUGUUUUUUUUUUUUUAAACCAUCGAAUGACUUUAAGAUUGAGUCAGCCACUGAGUACAUGAAGCCUCAUUUCGAUGUUGUUUCCUCAGGUGAAUGUCUAUUUGUAAUAAAUAGAGAAAAUAAAAGUUAAUACCCAAACGGAAUGAAAAUAUACUUGUGGUAAAAACUUCUUACAGUCCAUGUGUAUUUCAGUGCUUUUUUUUUUAUUUGCAGCUCCCCCACCUCAUCAAGAGACCAGGAGUAUAUGUAUUAUUGUUAAUGGCAGAGAUGUACAUUUUUUUUAUUAAUUUUUUUUUUUUACCUCAUAAUUUAUUUUUUAUUUAUUUUCAGUUAUUUUCUUUUUUUCUGAGGAUUGUAUUUCAGAUUAUCAUGAUUUCUUUCUUUUCAAUAAAUGUUUUGAAAACUA